AUGCUUUUCAGCUAGUAACAGGUUGAAACUGAACCGUAAAAUUGAAGACUAACCGGAAAACAAAAGGAGACUCGAGUGAAAAACAACAUUGGUUGCUAAGUGUGAGUUGAGAUGUGUGAAGUGGGCAGGGCGAAGGACCACAGAGGCCAGUUGUUGUGUAUGUGUGCCAUACAGAGAUAAAAAAAGGAUGCAGAAAGGAGUUAUGAUCAGAGAGCCGCCACAGUCAUUUAUCUUUUAGGGUCUUUGAUGAUGGAGGUAUAUGACGUAGAAGAACUCUGCUUUCCACAGCUCUACAACACUUCGUGUAGGAAGCCAAAAAUGUCAAGGAACCCGCUUGUGUUUCUGCUCUUUUUCAUCAGUGUGCUCACUGUGACACUCAAUCUGCUUGUUAUCAUUUCAGUCUCCCAUUUCAGGCAGCUUCACAAAACCACCAACUUCCUGCUGCUGUCUCUGGCCAUAUCAGACUUCUUGGUAGGCUUUGUUCUCUGUCCGGGUGAAGCUGUCAGACUAACAUCCUGCUGGCUUCUUGGUGAUGUUAUGUGUUUACUGUACAUACAUAUUGUCAGUAUGAUUUCCUGUGCCUCAGUUGGAAAUAUCGUACUGAUAUCUGUUGACCGCUAUGUAGCUAUAUGUUACCCUCUGCAUUAUCACAGGAGAAUCACUGUGGCAAGAAUACGACUGUGCAUCAGUCUGUGCUGGAUUUAUUCAGCUUUAUACUGCAUUACAUUUGUGAAGGAUGGCAUAAGUGCAAAACAGGCUUCUUGUCAUGGAGAGUGUUUGUUUUUCAUCGAUUUCGGUGCCGCAGUUUUAGAUCUUAUUGUAACCUUUACAGUCCCAGUUACAGUCAUCAUAGUUCUCUACAGCAGAGUGUUUGUAGUGGCCGUUUUUCAGGCUCGAGCCAUCCGCUCCACUGUUACAGCUGUGUCCCUGCAGCGUUCAGCAACAGUAGGAAAAUCUGAGCUGAAAGCAGCCAGGACUCUUGGUAUUUUAGUCAUUGUGUUUCUGAUAUGUUUCUGUCCAUUUUACUGUGCUGCUCUAGGAGGUGAUGUCUCGUUUAACACGUCUGUUGCUGUGCUGUGUUUUUUCUGCAUUAGCUCUUGUCUUAAUCCUUUGAUUUAUGCCAUGUUUUAUCCCUGGUUUAGAAAAGCAAUUAAACACAUUGUGACACUGAAGAUAUUCCAGCCUGGCUCCAGUAAGGCUAACAUAAUGUAGACAAAUAUAAAACUUUGAGGAAGUAAAUAAAACCUUUUCCACUUUUUCACAUAACCUCUCAACUCUUUGUUCACAAAUUAAGUGCAAUUUUCUACAUGAAUGAGUUUAAGCCCAGCUCAAAUGACAGGAACCAAGCAUCUGCAGACCCUAUUUUUGCAUGGAAACGUUGCAACUCCAAGUAAAGCAAUUGUCAUUUACCCUUGUGUAAGUUAUUUUAUGUAGGUUAACAGAUGUAUUUCAUCUGCUGCAUGAGCUCAAAGCAUGGGCAAUACUUGUUCAUUUUCUUAUUGUUUGUAAAACUGAUCUUAUGUAAACGUUGCUAA